AUGGCCACAUCUUUCUUUUCUGAGUUUGGCCUCAUGUGGUACCUGGGGGAGCUCAGAAGGAACGAGUUCCGUAAAUUUAAGGAACUCCUGAAGGAAACAUCUGUUCAGCUUGGACUCCAGCAAAUGCCCUGGGCUGAUGUGAAGAAAGGGACUCGAGAACACCUGGCAAACCUACUGGCCAAACAUUAUGGGGAAGAACAAGCCUGGGACGUGACCUUCCUCAUCUUUCAGAAGAUCAAUAGAAAGGAUCUCUGCGAAAAGGCCAAGAAGGAGAUUACUGGACAUGCAAAGACCUACCGCGCUCAUGUCGAGGAAAAAUUCACCAAAAUGUGGUUCACAGACUCUGUCACCAGGAUUUAUGAUCACUGUGAGAAGACACUCACCCCAAAAGAAUGCGAAUAUCUGAAGUAUCUUUUUGCCCCCUUGAAAACUGGGAAACAGACCGUGGUCCUGAAAGGAUUCCAGGGGGUCGGGAAGACAACGGUCCUGAUGAAGCUGAUGUUGUCCUGGGCAGAGGGCACUAUCUACCAGAAGUUCUCCUACAUCUUCUACUUCUGCUGCCGGGAACUCAAGCAGAUGACAGUGACCAGCUUGGCUGCACUGAUUUGUAGAGACUGGUCUGACUCCCUCUCCCCAAUAGCAGAGAUUGCAUCUGACCCAGAGAGACUCUUGUUCAUCAUCGAUGGCUUUGAAGAACUGGGGUAUGACCUGAAGGAACCAGACACAGAUUUGUGCAGCAACUGGAUGGAGCAGCGGCCCAUCCGUGUGAUCCUGAGCAGCCUGCUGACAAAGAAAAUGCUUCCGGAGUCCUCACUGCUCAUUGCUGCUGCACCCAGGUAUCCACAGAGCAUUGAGGACAGGUUGGAGAGCCCUGAGAUCAGAAUACUCAAGGGGUUCUGUGAGAGGGAGAAAAAGCUGUAUUUCUGCCACUUAUUCCAAGACAAGAAUAGAGGCAUCAAAGCCUUCAGCCUUGUAAGAGAGAACGAACAACUCUUUUCCAUGUGUGAAAUGCCCAUUCUCUGCUGGACUGUGGGCACUUGUCUGAAGCAGGAGUUGGAAAAAGGGCACGAUAUAGCUGUGACAUGCCAACGGACCACCUCCCUUUAUUCCUCUUUUGUCUUGAACCUGUUCACACCCAAGGGGGCUAGUCAUCCAGACAGACAAAGCCAAGUCCGACUGAUGGGCUUAUGCUCCCUGGCUGCCGAGGGCAUGUGGACCAACACAUUUGUGUUCGGUAAAGAGGAUCUCAGGAGAAAUGGGUUAGUUGAUUCUGACAUCCCUGCAUUGCUGGACGCCAAGGCUCUUCACAGGCACUGGGAUGCUGAGAACUCCUAUUCCUUCAUCCACCUGUGCAUCCAGGAGAUCUGUGCUGCCCUGUUCUAUCUCGUGAAGAGUCACACUGACCAUCCCAACCCGGCUGUGGCAAGUAUGGAGACACUGGUAUCUACCUUUUUAAGGAAAGUCAAUAUCCGUUGGGUUUUUGUGGUGUGUUUCUUGUUUGGCCUUUCAAGUGAAAAAGAACAACAGAAGCUGGAGGCAUUUUUUGGCUCCCACCUGCGGCAGCAGGAGGUACAGCAGACGCUUCAGCAGCACUUACAGAGCAUCAUCGAGAGUGAAUACCUCCAGGGACACGUAGAUUUCCUGUCGUUAUGUUACUGCCUGUUUGAGACGGAGAAUGAAACUUUUGUGAAGUGGGCAGUGAACCUCUUCCAAGACGUGCAUCUUUUUAUUCGCGACAAGUUAGACUUGCGGCCUGUUGCCUACUGCUUAAAACACUGUUCUGCCUUGGAGAGACUUUGUUUUUCUACCCAAAAUGUCUUUGCACAAGAGGGCGCAGACACUCCCAUAUCAAGUGACCACUUAGCCUGUUGGUAUCACAUCUGCUCCGUGCUCACUACAAACAAGAACCUCACGGAGUUUCGAGUAAAUCACAGUAACCUCCAGGAGUCAACCUUUGGAACUCUGAGCAGUCAGCUCAGGCAUCCCUGGUGUCGCCUGCAAAAACUUCAGAUAAAUGAUGUUACUUUGUCUGGUAGUAGCUGGCUUUUCUUCGAGGUGCUCACUCAUAGCCCAGAUUUGAAAUACCUGGACCUCAGCGGCACAAGUCUCUCCCGUGAUGAUGUGAUGCUGCUCUGUCAAGCCUUGCACAACCCAGUGUGCAACAUACAGAAGUUACUGCUGUCCAAUUGUGGCCUCUUACCUGAGGACUGUGAAGGCUUCAGAGGCGUCCUACAGGAGAACACGAAGCUGAGGGUUCUUAACCUCUCCUGCAACUACCUGGACAGAGGGAUGCUCCUCUUGUGUGAAGGCCUGUGCCACCCAACCUGUGCCAUGCACGCCUUGGUGUUAGCUUGCUGCUACAUCAGUGAAGAUUGCUGGGGACUCCUGCCUGAGUUUCUUCUGCAUAACAAGGCCCUGAUCCAUCUAGAUAUCAGCACAAACGUCUUGAAAAAUGAAAACUUGAGCCUUUUGUGUGAAGCCUUAACACAGCCUGGCUGCUUCCUGGCAUCACUAUGUUUAGUGAACUGUUUCAUAACCACCGAGGGCUGUCGGGAUCUUGCUUUGGUCUUGACCAGAAACCCAAACCUGAGGAAUCUACAACUCGGUCACAACGACAUAGGAGAUGAUGGCGUGAGGCUGCUGUGCAUAGCCCUGAUUCAGUCCACCUGUCACUUACAGAUGCUUGGGCUGGGAAUGUGCAGCUUGACCAGUGCCUGCUGUAAGGACCUCGCCUCUGUGCUCAUCAACUGCAGGACUCUGAGAAAACUCACCCUGUCUGGAAAUGCCUUGGACCACAAAGGGGUGCUAGUGCUCUGUCAGGCCCUGAGACAUCCCCAGUGCAGGCUGCAGUGGCUGGGGCUGAGGAAAGCUGAUUUUGAUGAGGAAACUCAGAAACUUCUGACAGAUGAGGAACAGAGAAAUCCCUCCUUGGAAAUAAUAAACGAGUGA